CAACCCUCUAAUAUUUUCUCGUUCUUUUCUCUUUGCCUCUAGAUUUCUGCAGAUCUAUUACUCAUGUCUUCUUCUUCGCCGAUUCUGUUAGCUGAAUCAAUCAGGUCGUCCGACGAUCUACCUAAUGAGGUUGGAUUCAGGUCGGUGUGGUCUUCUUCGUUCUUUGAUCCGCGUCUUCUUCUGUAAUUUUGCGCAAGUGUUGGAUUCAUAUUUUUCAAGUUAGAUCUGCUAUGAUUUCCUGUAGUCUUGAACGGUAUGCGUUCUUUAGCUUUUCCAUCAGAUUCGGAUAUCUUUUACUAUGAUUUGUUAUGUAUUUAAUCAAAUUGUUGAACUUCUAAUUUAGUUACUUCUUUUAGGGAUUAGGAAUUAGGAAUUAGGAAUUGUAGUUUUUUUUUUUUUUUUUUUUUUUUUUUUUUGUGCUAAGUUUGGCUAAAUUUUACUCAAUAAUUAUUAGGGAGGAAUAAUCUUUCGAAUCCUUGUGGCUAUGAGAAUCAACAGCCUUCUUUGGAGAUCGGUCUGCUCAGGGAAGAUGCUGAUGAGCUUUGUAAUAUAUGGUGUAUCGGGAUGAUCCAUGGAGGCUUUUGGUAUCUCUGAUAUGUUGUUGUGGUAAUCUGUUUAGUGGAUGUGUAAGAUGUCAGGACAAAAUGGCCUAAUUCAGGGGGCUGAGUCCUGUUCUAUCUUUGUCAUCCCGACCUUUGCCAUGACAGGUGCGCUUGCAUGGCAGGUCACCAUAUCUUAAUAAAAUUUAUCUUUUUUGGGUUUGGGGGGAGAUCGCAUGGGGUUUUGCCCAGGUUCUCCCCUCUGGUGUGCCGUGUCCUGCUCCCUUACUUUUUUAUUUUCGUUUUACUUUCACACUAUACCUGCUACCAUUGGCUCCCGUGAUUCCGGUCUACCAUUGAAGAUGGAUAUAUGACUACGUCACUUGAUUUGAUUUACAUCGUCGGAAUACCUCAUGAUCACCAAGAUAAUAGGUCAACUCUGAUCUACGACGCUCAGGUAUUCUUUCCAUAUUUUAUAGGUUUUAGCUUUCAGUUCAUUUUGCUAAAUUCAUAGAAGUACCCCAAAUAUGAUCUAUAAUCACUAGUAAAUUUACAAACAACAUUUAACAUGGUUAUAAAUUUGAUUUUCCUAA